AUGCAUUUCUUCCCAUCCCGUCGAUCUCCAUAAUCACAAAGAUCAAAUCCAACAUCAAUCUGAUUAACAAUAAUCACUAUCUUCCUCUGUUUGUAAAGUAUCAGCAAUUAAAUCUAUGUUUGGAGGUCAAGUGAUUCCGCCUAGCAAAAGUCCGCACUUAAGGAAGUCUGGUAGCCGACCUGUCGUCUUUGAUCUUGAUGGUGAACAGGGAAACACUGAAAUGGAAGGUUUGUUACAUUCGACAGAGUCAAAUGAUUUGAAAAUUCCUAGCUUACCGAUUAGUACUGCAGCUAUAAUGCCGUCUCCGAUAUUAUUAUGGAGAUUUAAGGUACUGUUGUUUUUUCUCUGGGGUUUUUUUUGCUGCAAGAUUGGAUGGGGUUCUGGUAUGAGAAUGAGUGUGAAUUUGCGGGACCUUUUUCUUUACGAAGCAUUUUUGUAUUACAAUCCUCUUCUUCUUGUGACUAUGAUGGUGUGGCUUUGGGGAGUUAAUUUGUGGGUUUUUGCACAGUCUACCAUCAGCUAUGCCAAGAUUUUUGAUCUGGACCAAAAUCAUCUUACCCACAGAGAAAUAUGGAAGGUUGCCACAUGGAUGACCAUCAUUGUCCCAAUUAGCAUGACAGCAUAUCUUUACCUAUAUUCUCACGGAGAAGUAUCAUUGGCUGCAUCACAACCAGUCUUCUUGUACUGUGCUGUUGCCUUGAUCUUGAUAUUCCCCUUCGAUAUUUUUUACUUGUCAUCCCGCUACUACUUGCUGAGGACUCUUUGGCGGAUAGUUUUCCCUUUGCAGGCUAUUACAUUUUCUGACUUCUUCUUAGCUGAUAUUUUGACCUCCAUGUCAAAGGUAUUCUCAGAUCUGGAGCGCUCAGUUUGUCGUAUGGUCCAUCGCCAGGUUGCCACCAUAGCAUGGUUUGAAGCUGACUCUGUUUGUGGCAGCCACUCCAUUGGGAUCCCUAUAAUUCUAGUUUUGCCUUACAUUUUCCGAUUAUUUCAGUGUCUUCGACAGUACAAGGAUACUAAGGAGAAAACAGCUCUUUUUAAUGCUUUAAAAUAUUCAACUGCAGUACCAGUGAUUUUUCUUUCAGCCCUUAAAUACCAUGUCCUUCCAGAUAGUUGGACGAACUUCUAUAGGCCACUGUGGCUUCUCUCAGGUGUCUUAAAUUCAUUAUAUUCGUUCUACUGGGAUGUGACCAGGGAUUGGGACUUGAGCUGCUUCACCCGGAUUUUCAAAUUUAACAAACCGAGUCUCUGUUCACACCUAUUGCAUGGACGGAAAUGGGUUUAUUUUUGGGUGAUAGGAAGCAAUUUCAUUCUGCGUUUGGCAUGGACUUACAAACUGUCUGCGCAUCUUCGGCACAAUUACCUUACAGUGUUCACAAUCACUGCCUUAGAGAUGAUUCGCCGAUUCCAAUGGGUUUUCUUCCGCGUCGAAAAUGAAUGGACUAAAAUGAAUUCCAAGUCAAAUCUUCAACUUUCGGAGAUCUCAUCUGAGGAAGAUAAAUUACUUGCACCCAGCAACCAUAAUGUGUAGAUAACAAAUGCUUAGUUGCUUACUUCUUGCAAGCAGCAUGAUCUACAGUUUUAAACAGCAACCUCGUCUUUUGCUGGAAAAGGUUUAUCCAUUCCACUCUUAGUUUCAGUCUAUAUGAUCGUUCAAUUUUUUUGUUAAAAAAAGGAAUAGGUUAUUCAAAGAUACACAAUUUAGGAGUAUAUAUCAUUCAUCAA